UCGCAUAUAGUUUGUGCCGCAUUGCACAGUUUAAGCUAGAAACGUCAGCACUUUAAAUAGAAAUGUUUUAAGAGAAGUAGGAAAGACAGUGGAUAUUGAAGUUUACGUAGAAUUUGUUACUGUUGAAACAUUAUAUUAAAAUUAAAGAUUGUUGCGUAUAUUUGUAACAAAACGUGAAAAAUGUCAUCUGAACCUAUUUUAAAUCCCCCAAUUCCUUAUGUGGGAGCUGUAGAAAAUGGCCUGAUACCUGGUAAAAUGGUAAAAAUUCAAGGAAAAGUUCCUUCGGAUGCUAUAAGGUUUGCUGUUAACUAUCAGUUAGGGCCUACAUUAAAUCCGAGAGAUGAUAUAGCUAUUCAUGUUUCACCACGAUUCCAAGAUGGAUUUAUUACUAGAAAUCAUAUAAUGUCAAUGAGUUGGGGUCCGGAAGAAAAUGAAGGACCCCUGUGUAUUCAACCUGGACAAGAAUUUGAGAUAUUUAUUUUAUGCGAUCAUGGAUGUUAUAAAAUAGCUAUAAAUGGCAGACAUUUUGCAGAAUUUGUUCAUCGAUUACCAUAUCAAAAAGUUACGCAUUUGGUUAUUGACGGUGAUGUAGAAGUGAAUUCUAUCACAUAUGAGAAUGUUUCUACUGGUCCUCCACCUUCUACACCUACACCAGAUGUACCUAAUGUUAAUGUUGGACCACCACCACCAGGUGGUUUAUAUCCAACAAUAGGUUCACAAGCACAACCUCAAGUUGGCUAUGGACCUAACGCAUAUUUUCCACCUAAUCCAUAUGCAGGGCCUAAUUAUAAUCUUCCUCACGCAUAUGGAUAUCAGCCUGGAUAUGAAAAACCUGAAGAAGAAGAUGCAUUUAAGGGAUGUUUGGAUAAAGUUGGUUUAGCAAUAGGGGGACUAGUUGCUGCAGGAGGCAUAGCUGCUGCUGCACAUGCUAUGAAUAAAAAAAAAGAUGAAGGUGAAAAAAAUCAAGAAAAAUCAGAUGCUUCUAAUUUAAAAACAGAAAGCGAAGGAGGUGGUUUAGGAAAUCUUGGCUCUCUUGGAGCUGCUUUAGCCAGUAGUUUAGUGAAUUUUAAUACUUCACAGAGCAAUUUGUCUGCACAACAAGGAUAUCCUCCACAACAGUCAAAUAGUGGUGUAUUAGGCUCUCUCCUUGGAGCUCUAGGUGGUAGCGGAAAUAAUGUACCAGCACAGCCACCGAGUCAACCAACCGAUCCACUGAAGGGAGCAAUAGGAUCCUUCCUUGGUGGUGUUCUAGGAGGUGGUGGAAAUCAGCAACCAAAUUAUCAGUCUUCAGGAGGUUAUGGAGGAAAUUAUCAACCUUCUGGUGGUUAUUCUAACCCGCAAACGAAUUCAAAUUCAGAUUUUUUAUCUGGAAUAGGUUCAACAAUUGGAUCGUCAUUGCUUAGUUCUGCUUUUGACAGUUUUGGUAAACAUGGCAAAGAGAAAAGUCAUGGUGAUAGUCAUUCAGUUUCUCCGCAGCCCCAUGUACUAGAUCCCUCACCAUCGGUACAGACUCCUACACAUUCUGACAGCUCUUCUACUUCAGGACAAAAGUUAUCUGCUGAUGAAAUUUCAAAAGGUCUGGGUUUGGAUAACUAACGUAAAUUAGAAUAAAAAUAUGUGUAAAAGUAUACACAAUAAUAUUAUGCUCUCUGAUGAUAUAUACUGUAAAUUUAACUAUACUAAUACAAAUAUUACAUUGCACAUAUUUGACUCUGUUAAAGACAUACAUAGAAGGCAACUGAUUGUGCUUUUAGCAUGAAAUAUUUCAAUGAACAGCGUCAGAAAUUUGACACAAAUAAUUCAGAUUGCAUACUAAAUAAUUUAUACAUCAAUAUGUUCAGUUUGUGUAUGCAGGUUAUUAUUUUUCUAACUUUUGAAAGUACGAAAGCAUGUUUCAUAUGAAUGCUGCUCGAUUCAAUAUUAUUUAUGGUAAUUAUGAUCAUUAGGGUAUUACAGUUUAUACCAAUAACAUGGCACUAAUAAUAUUACACAUGAUGUAAUAAAACGGCACUAAAAAAAUGUAAUUUCGUUAAAAAAAAUUAUCUCUGUAAAUUAUACUUGAAAAGCAAAUUAAAUAAAUUUGUUUCCACCAACAAAUCAAACAACUUUCAUAUGAAACAUUUUUUAUUUUCAAUAUAUUCAAAUCGGAAAUAUUGUAGAUAUAUAUGUUACCGGCAAAGUAUAAACUUCAGGCAAUAUAUAUGUAUGUACACUGUCCAGAGAUUUCCAGCAAUAUACAUAUAAAUUAAAAUCAUUAUUUCAAUUUCCUAGGUAAUAUACGGAGUAAACUGUGCUUUACCGGACCUUUUUUUUUUAAUCUAUAAUUUUUGAUGUGUAGAAUCCAAAAAUGUAAGUCUUAACUUUAGGAAUCCAAUGGUUAAAAAGUUAUGAGCGUGUAAAGUUUGACACCGUUCAUUGGUCAAGAAGCCAAUAUGGUGUUACAGUAACGUAGCAAAUGCGCUAAAAAUAUUAAACUUUACACGCUUAUAACUUUUUAACCUAAAGUGGAUUCCUAAAGUUAAGACUUACAUUUUUAGAUUCUACACAUCAAAAA